AUGGGCGAGGACCAUGCGCCGCUCGACCCCGGAGAUCUUGCAGCGUACGACAUCGAUCCGGCCGAGCAGCGGGCGCUGCUCCGCACGCUCGACUGGCACAUCGCACCUGUGUGCAUGGUGCUCUAUCUCGUCGCUUUCCUGGACAGAGCUAACAUUGGCAACGCUGCUGUCGGCGGCAUGGUCAAAGACCUCAACUUCCCCGCCAACGGCCUGUCGGUCGCAACCUCGAUCUUCUACGUGACGUACGUGCUUUUCGAAACGCCCGCGACCAUGUUACUGCGCACGCUCCGGCCCAGUCGCAUGGUCCCCAUCUUUGUUGUCAUCUGGGGCGGCGUCAUCAUCGGCAACGGCUUCGCCACCAAUUACGCGACUGUCGUGGCGUGCCGGCUCCUUCUAGGUGUCUGCGAGGCCGGCCUGUUUCCUUGCCUCGUCCUGUACAUGACCUCAUUCUACCAGCGUGAGGAGCUCGGCCUGCGCACGUGCUACCUCUUCAUCGCAGCUUGUCUUUCUGGCGUUGUGGGCGGCCUCAUCGCCACCGGCUUUCUCAAGAUGGAUGGCUUGCGCGACCUCGCCGGCUGGCGUUGGCUCUACAUCAUCGAGGGUGCACUCACCAUUGUGGUUGGCAUCGGCUCGUUCUUUGUCAUUGCCGAUCGCUACGAAACGGCAACCUACCUCUCCGAGCGCCAGAAGUUCCUCAUGAUGGUCCGCCAGGCUAAGGCCGCCGUCUACUCGCGAGACGAGGGCUUCAGCUGGGGAGAGUUCCGCCAGUACGUCCGCGACCCCAUGAUCUACCUUUCCGGAUUUGUCCUGCUGUGCAUGGACACGUGCAUGUAUGGUUUUUCCACAUUCCUUGUUGUCAUCAUCAAUGGCCUCGGUUACUCGCCCAUCGUAAGCCAAGCGCUCUCUGCACCGGUGUACGGCUGGGCCGCGAUCGUGUAUCUCGUUGGGGCUCUCGUCUCAGACCGCUACUCGAUGCGGUACAAGAUCAUCCUGCCGCUGAGCCUCGUUACUAUUGUCGGUUAUGCCAUCCUUGUGGCCAAUCCGGCCAAUCUGGGCGCUCGCCUUUUCGCCUGCUUCCUGGCCGGAAUGGGCAUCUACAUUUCCGUCGGGCUGCAAGUCACCUGGCUCGGUCAGAACAUGGCCGGCUUCCGCAAGCGCAGUUAUGCCAUCGGUAUCCAGCUCACCAUGGGUAACAUCGGCGGAGUCAUCGCGGGCCAGAUCUACCGCACCAACCACAGACCAGCGUACACCCUCGGGCACGCGGCGUCGCUAGGAUUCUGGAGCACCGCAAUCCUCGCUGCAACGCUGCAGUAUUAUGUGUGGCGGACGCGCAACGCCCAUCGCAACGCACUUUCGGCCGAGGAAAAGGCCGAAAUGGAUGAGCGUGGUGUCACGGGUGACCACCACCACGGCUUCCGCUAUGUCUUGUAA